AUGGCGACCCUUUCCAGCCACGAGACAAUGUGCUGGAAUCUCUUCAACCAGGUCAACAAGAGUCUCCAAACUGGAGCUGAACAUGACGCGUUGGACAUCCUCGUGAGUGAGGACUCCUUGACCCUCUGUGAACGUCCUGACAUUGGACAGUACCACCUGGAGAUCCAGGAGCUGACCCCCACCCUGCGCAUCCUUGUCAACACGACCCUCGCGAUAGUAGAUCCCGCACCCGAUUGUUGGCAGAAGAUGGAGUGGAUUGGCGAAGCCAAAAUCGUCCUGAGAAACUGUAGAAAUCUCCCAGAUGCCGAUAGCGAUGACCACCCCCUCAGGUCCUCGCUCGAAGCGAAGAUCAGGACCGCCGAAAUAGUCCUGAGAAAACAACUCGGUGACAGCGAUGAGCUCGAGCACGAUGAGAGCGAAAGCUGUGACGAAGGCGACGACGAAGAGGAAGAAGAAGAGGAUGCGGCGGACGAGGAGUAA